AUGGAAACAGCGAUAUUAUCAUGCAGGUGUAUCGACAGCCAACCGCCGUCCAGCGUGGAGGCGUUGCAGUUCAGCCCGGACGGUCGAUGGCUGGCAGUCGGCCGAUCGAGCGGCAUAGUUGAAGUGUUUAGUUCCGUCAGUCGUCACGUGAAGCUGAGGCUUUCAACUGCUUCUUGCAGCUCUGUACGGAAUAUUAUAUGGCUGCCGUUGACGCUGGGGGCCGCCGCCUCUUCAGCGGUUUCUGAGGCAGGCGGCGCCACUACAGACCAUACAGACCUCAACGAGGUCACCAGCACUUCCCUUUUUGAAUGGCGGCUCAUAACCACUGGACUUCAUGGUGUAAUUACAUCGUGGAACCUCCGCACAUGCCGUGUACAGGCCGAGUGCCCUUCCAAUGGCGGGGCUGUGUUCUGCCUCUGUCGCUGCCCCCCCGAAAUGGGAUCUCCAGCUUUCGCUGCUGCAUGCGAUGACGGCCGCGUUCGACUCCUCCACGUCUCGGGGGCUGCAGACAGGGCCUGCCGCGAGCGCAGUGAAGACCCGUAUGUGGGGAUGUUGUCAAGCGACAACGAGACAGCGGAGGAGAUUCAUGUUACACACACGCUCCCCAAAACCAAAAGCCGUCUGCUGUCAGUGUGUUGGUAUUCACAAGAUUUAAUUUUCGCUGGAAAUGCCUCUUCAUGUAUUCUGCGGUUUUCACGUGGGGGGCCGCAGAGCGCCUUCGUUGCGGACGGCCAGAUGGCGCUGGAGAACAAAUCCUUAACAGGAGACAGAACAGAGAGCAACAGUACCCUCGUCUGGAACCUGAGGGCGCUGCGCCGCCGCUCGUUGCUGCUGAGCGGCGACAGCAGGGGCCGUAUAACUCUGUGGAGUUUGCCCACUUGUGUGGCGCUGCAAACUUUGCAUGUUCACGUUGCUGACAUACUGGACAUCCAGUUGAUGGUGUGUAUAGACAGCCUCAUCGCGGAUACGAAUCAGAGCGACGCGCAAACUGUCAGAAGAAAAGAAGAAGUUGUUCUCUCCGUUGGGGUUGACGGAAAGCUCUCUGCAAUAAGCAGAACGGAGGGUGAUCGCUGGGUUGUUCGUGCGUGUCGCUAUCCGCACUUGUGCGACAGUCAAGCGGUUGCCUGUCUGCCUAGAGUGCCUGGGGGCCCUGAUGGCUCUUUGAUUGUCACUGGGGCUGCAGACGGCAGCAUCAAAUGGAUGCGAAACCUCACGGAGCACAUCGAAGAUGGAGCGCUGAACGGCAGCAUCAGUGGAGCCGAGAAGAACGGAUCAGCAGAGUCCCCUCAGUCCCCUUUGAUUAAACUUGCGAGAAUAACGCUGCAAAAGCAGUCAAAAAUAAACUGCUGCGAUGCCGCCAGAGACGGACAGUUGCUCGCCGUGGGAAGCAACGACGGGCUGCAUCUUUUUGCCUUUCAUGUCAAAGAGUUGGAGAUUCAGGAUUUGCAGUGUCUUGGCGCUUGCCGAAUAAAGGAGAUGGUGACGGCUUUACAGUUUGUUUCUCGGAGUGUUCUUGCGUGUUGUUUCUUUUCGAACAAACGCCGCAAAGCGACAAACUACCGCCGCCUACGCGGCGCUGGCCCGGCCGCUGGCUCUGCCUCGGCGGGAGAAGGAAUGGGGGGUGGCGUUGAUGAGAAAACACAAAAAGGCAGAGGAAAAACAGAAGACGAGAGUUGUUGCUCCGCUACUUCAAAGAAGUGGAUCUGCAAAGAGGUACCCUGUCUACGGGAGGCUGAAACGCUGCCCGAUCGCUUGGGGGAAACCGACGGCAGUUUUUAUAUUUCUUUCGUCAAAGUUUCAACUGGAGUGGAGCUCGCGUCUGUCAGAGACCUGCCUUUCCCGGUUAUUCACAUGGAUUUGAGCCCCGACGGGAAGAAGCUGGGGUGCCUGAACAGCAACAGUUCAAUAUUUGUGUUUGACGUUGACUCCUUUGAGUUGAUAUACUUUUUACCAAAUAUAUUUAGAAGGGGAGAGAAUGUGGCAAAUUUUUGCUUUUCCCCCGACUCUGCGAGACUGUUUGUGCUCGGCACUCGAAACGGCUAUGUUGACUCCUUUGAGUUGAUAUACUUUUUACCAAAUAUAUUUAGAAGGGGAGAGAAUGUGGCAAAUUUCUGCUUUUCCCCCGACUCUGCGAGACUGUUUGUGCUCGGCACUCGAAACGGCUACUUCUUAACAGAAGCGAAUGAGCUCGAUUCCUCUUUAACGCAAAACAGCGACAACAACAAAGGCGACGGGAAAGCAGACUGGAAGAACAACAGAAAACCACAAAGGCAAAGACGGAAUGUCCGCUCGAUCCCGGCUCGCCAGCUUUCGCGAGAAGACGGUUCGAUCGUGCACUGCAAGUGGGUGGAGGACGAGGGGACGGCGUACGUGUUGUGUAUGACGCCUUCGAGUUUGUACAAGUUGUCGCUGGGGGAUGUAUCGGUGUCUAUGGACGUUGAAAACAGACAGAAGAAGAAGCAAAGCGGAGAAAUCAGGCUUCUGAAUCUGAGCAGCGACUCAGAAGAGGAUAGAGACUGUCAGGACAACGGCUGCUCACCGGGAACGCGGUCGUUUCCCCGUCAACUGAAGAGGCUGAGGGGUCCGCGGCCCAUCGUGAUUUCGGCAGCUCCGGUGUAUGCGGCGCCUUUCUGUGUGCCUCGUGUGCUUCCUGCUUCUCUAUCUCGGCUUGAGAAUCAGGAGGAUUCGAGCUCCCCCUGGGGCUCUCAAGCCUCUCUCCCCUGCGGCGCCACCCCAGGCGGCACCGACAGCACUCGUUCCACCGCUACAACGCCAGGCGAUUCGCCAGUCAGUUACCAGAGAGGAGGCGACAGGGAUGCCCCCGCAGAGGGCAGCAGCAGAAAGCGAAUAUUUAAUAGUAUCGCCCAUACAGCGCGGCUGCUUCUUCAGAGCGACAACAAAGGCUUCGUUGGCUUUGCACUCGAGAAGUGCGAUGCACCCACAGCAACCCAAAUGCUCCCAUGCUCAAGCGAGCCGUGCAAUCGCGCCCUAAUUUUGCUGGAGGUGUUGAACACCGGCACACAAAACAAUUCUUCUUCGCUUCCUCCUUUCAACAGGAAACGCUAUGGCACAUAA